AUGGAGACAAGAACAACGAUUAAAGAAACCAAAGAAGCAAAAGAAAGUGAUGCAGAGAGGAAGAAGAAGAUGAUGAGUAUCGAAACUUCUAUCUUUUCGAGUAUCCUCGCUGAUAUUGAAGAAAAUCCAACGAUAUUGCAGAACCAGAAGAAUCUGAGCGAAGAAGUUAAGUUUCUUGGAGAUGGAGAUGACCUAAAAUCUGAAAUCUCCAUUGAUGAUGCUAAAGAUUUUGAUGAGAUGUUAUCAACUAUGCUUGGAGAUGAAGAUGGAGAAGAAGGUUGUGGUGAGAUUGAUGAGAUGAUUGAGGAGAUGUUAGAGCAAAGUGAAGAAGAUGGAAGUUACUUGGAUCGGAUUAAAGAAGGUUACGUGUUUGGUGGGUUACUUGAGACUCUGUUAAGAGAGAAAGCAGAGGAAGAAGAGAAGGAGAUAUCUUCAUGGAUCACGAAUGGAGAGCCUGAAUCCGAAACCAGAAAAUUGAGACAACGAGAUGAGAAACAGAGGAAAAGGAGAGUGAAAGCUGUUAGAUUCGGAGUUGAGUUUUCGUUUCUUAUGGCAGAAUAUAUGUUUUUGAGACCUAAUGAAGUUCUUGCUGAUGAAAGCGAAGAUUACUGGAUGUGUCUAAAGCGAUUAGGAGUCGAUAAAGAUGAGAAAGGUAUGAAUGUAAUCAUUGGAAAGCUUGAGGAAGUCUUUGAGAUGGUGAUGAGGAAGAAAGAGAAUAAUGAGCAUUAUAAUGCGAGCCUUCCUGAUUCCAUUUUUCGGUUUGAGGAUUACAUUCGUCUUUGCGCUGCUGCGAUUCAAGGCUUGGGAAAGAUUGUUUGGGGUUUGAGAAAGAACCAAAGUGAAAAACUCCAGCUUUCUGAUUUGGAUGCUAUGUUUGAAGAUUGCCAAAAAGUGUUGAUGAAGUUAGAGCUUAAGCUAGCAGAGAUGAAGCAAAGUGUUUACAGAUCGGUUUCUGCCGAUUAUGAGUCGUUUUCGAAGUCAGAGAGGUUUGAUAGUUUGCUCAGAAGGAAGCUUAUGAGGAGAGUUAAUGCAGAUAAUAGAUUUGGUAGAUCAAUGAUUGGUUCUUACUUGGUUGAGAUAUGGAAGUCUCUGUUUCAAGCAGAAGCAUUACAUGAGCAGAGAAAAGAAGCAUGA